AUGCCUGAUGCUUUAUCAAAGACUAUUCCAAUUUGGUGCUCGGUUCUUAAUUACCUUGCUUUAGGAGGGGAUGUCAUGUUCUUCACCCCUCCAAAUACCGUAUCAGCAAGUGAACAUGAUCAGAUUCGAUCAAGAGUAAUUGGUUGGGCUGAAUUGGCUGUAAACAAUGGAAUUGAUGUGGAAAUGCUCAAGACUAAAAUCACGAAACCAUUAAGACCCCUUUGGAUCACACCUGAUGCAUAUCUUCCGGAUGAAGUACCUGAAUUUGAUGAAUUCUAUCCAUUGAUUCUCUGCACAGCUUCGAGGAUGGUCCAAGAUGGCACAGAGCAUCGACAGGGUUAUACAUAUGUGCAAGGGGCAGCUGACGACCAUGAAGAAUGGGCUCAAUUGCUUACGCCAGAGCUGUUAUGGUUCAAUAGAGACAGCCUAGGCGAUUCCAAGCAUACUGAUUCUGAGUUACAUGAGAUGAUAGAAAAUUUAGCUGAGCAGAGCAGUAGACUGGGUGCGGGACAGAACAAAGAUACCUCUGAGAUAACUUUGAUCAAACCGACCAAUAUCUCUAUUGCCAGUCGAUCAGGGUGCGAUGUCGAAGAUUUUGUGAAGUUUGAUCUUAUCAUAGACCUUUCGGAAAAAAGCAUGUCAGCUGAUGAUGAUAAUAGAAAGAGCGGUUAUAGAAAGCUCACGUACCCAUUAGCAGCAGGGAAAAAAGGUUCAAAAGAGCUGCGUACCAUACUCCCAGAUCUUGUUGCUGUAGUCAGUAAUGAGUCAUUGUUUAAAGGGAAGAUUCUUGUUAUAUGUGAUACGGGCACAGAUUUUUCAGUUGGAGUUGCUCUUGUUAUCGUGUGUCUAUUCUACUCUCUGAGUUAUGAUUGCCUCGAUUCACGUACAACCGCAUUUCUUGACAAGACUGAAAUCCGUAAAAGACUAGUUCACAUCAUUAGCGAACACAAGUGUAAUCCUAGUCGAAACACCCUCAAUGCAGUCAAUGCCUAUUUAAUGGGCUAG